AUGGGUGCAUGCUGUGGAAGUGAGAAAAAGGAAGACAUGGUUAGAAGCACCGAAGCAAUCCAACCCAAACUUGUUGAGCCUGCCUAUUGUACAUUCGAAUCUCCUAAUUUCCGUCUCGAAGAUUAUUCCAAAAAGAUUGGGAACAUGGAGAUGAUUGAAGAUAUAAGAGAUUUAAUUUUUAAUUAUAGGCCGGCUGACAUUCGGUGCCAGAGAUACCCUAACGAUCCUCCCUCAAGGCACUCUUUUAUUCUUAUCACUGGAGAAAAGCAAAUUUCAGAAGAAACAUUGGAAGACAGUGGGUAAUUUUAAUACAGCCUUAUCAUUGAUUAUUCAGAGAAUGGGUUUCGAAUUUUAUUAGGGGACGAAAAAAUCAUAAGCUUGGCGCAUAGCAAUAAUAAAAAAAUCGACCCAGUUGUAGAGCUUUUGAUUUUCCCUGGGUCAGAUUCUAAAACUGAUAAAGGAUUCCACGAAAUAAUUGAAUGAUCAUAUGAGCAUAAAGAUGAAUUAUGCACAGACCCUAGUGUGACUCCAGAACUCAACAUGGGGAAGCGUCUUUAUAAAUAUAUAGUAGAUAUGCUUCACUGGAACUCUAAGUAA